AUGGUUCAGAAUUUUGCUGUUGAAUUCCAGUAUGAAGUAGAAGCAGAUGCCGUCAAUUUGAUGGAAAUGAAACCAGCAACAGCUUCAGAUCAGUCGCACCAGGUGAUGAAAAUUAUGUUGAGUCCUUUGCUUUUCCUGUGUGUCCUGGUGAUUAUUUCCACGGUUUUUGGUGAUACUUCCGUUAAAAUUACUCAAUUCCCUGAAUGUUUGACGGCAAACAGACGAACAAACAUCACCUUCUACUGCGGCUAUCCAUUCUCUGUACACUCUUCACGUAUCCAAGUGUACUGGAGGAAGCAGGGAGAGACGACAUACCUGCACACACAAGAGGACAGCAGGAAACGGUUUGGAGUUAAAAGUAAAGGAAAUCGCUUCUUCCAGUUUCUGGAUGUGAAUAUUCAGGAUGCUGCAGUCUAUCACUGCGAACUGGUGUUAGAGGGGAAAAAAGUAGGAAAAGGAAAUGGAUCGCGUUUAAUCGUGUACGUUCCCCCAACCCCACUGGCGAUUUCCCGCAUGGAUCCCGAAAGAAAUCUGUCUGUAUUUCUGACUCUUGUGUGUGAAACGGCUGAGUUUUUCCCGGAGAAUCUCAACCUCACUUGGUAUAAAAAUGGCAUAGAAAUUACAACAGUGAAUACUAUCACUGAGCAGAGGAAUCCCGGGCAAUUGUUUAAAGCUCACAGUUAUUUGGAGGAGACACAGCCUGUUCAGAGUGGAGAUGUUUAUACCUGUUUGGUAUCUCACGUCAGCCUCCAGAAUCCAGGGAUUGCCAACUAUACGGUUUUGCUUCCUCACACAGGCGUUGAUGGCAAACUCUAUGAAUUUGCAAUUUGCCGGUUCGCAUUAUGCAUUUGUGUUAUAUUGCUCUUGGUCAUCGUCACUGUGGACCAUUUCAGAAUUACCUCCCUUUAA